AGUUCGAUCGCCUAAUGAUCUGGUCUCGUAUUCCACACUCCUUUCACUCCUAACUCUGAGAUCUUAAACUUGCGCCGCUCCGCCACGGCGCACUAUAGCUCACUGUUAUCUUCAUUCUCUGCCCUUUUCAUCGCUGCCGCCCACGAAGACAUCGGGCAUGGCCUUUCAUGGCGGCAAUUCCAAUCAGUUUGAUAUGCAGAAGCUCUUCAAGCCCCCCAAUCCCUUGCCUAAUCCUAACCCUAACCCUAACCCUAACCCUAAUCCUAACCUUAACGCUCCCUUCCUCCCUCCUACCUCUUACGCCGCUGGCGUUCCUCAUAUUCCCUAUCAGACGGUGCAGCCUACUGGUGCCUUCAACUACGCGCCGUCCACUCCCCCUUUCCAUCACCAUCCCUUUAUUCACUACCCGCAAGAAACCCGCCAACGUCCCGUCGUUUCCUAUCCCGUCCAACCCUCUUACUCACCAGACCCUAAUUCUAGGCCAAAUAGCCCAGGACAGAAUCCGGGCGCCCGACUCAUGGCCCUCCUCGGAAACAACCCUCCGGCUCAGCUCGACUUUGCCGCAUCGAUGCCAGCGGCGUCUGCCCCGACGGAGCUCCCUGCGAUGCAUCAUGCGGUGCCUUCUGCUCCGCCGGCUGUUAUGGCGAUUACCCAGGCGCAGCCGGCGAGGAUACCGAGCACAAAGAUGCCAAGGGGGAGGCCUCUUGGAGGAGGGGAACGAGCUGUUCACGAUGUAGAGUCGAGGUUGCCGGGGGAGACGCAACUGCCGCAGCUCGAGGUCACGCCGAUCACGAAGUAUACGUCGGAUCCGGGGUUGGUACUUGGAAGGCAGAUCGCCGUCAACAAGACCUACAUCUGUUAUGGGCUUAAGCUUGGAGCGAUCAGGGUUCUGAACAUCAACACUGCACUAAGAUCACUCCUCCGGGGGCAUUCACAGAGAGUGACAGACAUGGCUUUCUUUGCAGAAGAAGUGCACCUUUUAGCAAGUGCAAGUGUAGAUGGGAAGGUUUUUGUAUGGAAGAUUGAUGAAGGACCUGAUCAUGAAGACAAGCCUCAAAUCACAGGAAAACUUGUUCUUGCUAUUCACUUGAUUGGAGACAGAGAUUAUCAUCCAAGAAUUUGUUGGCACUCACACAAACAAGAAAUUUUGGUUGUUGGAAUUGGAAACAAUGUAUUAAGAAUUGAUAUCCCAAAAGUUGGGAGAGGUGUGGAAUUUUCGGCAGAUGAACCACUGAAAUGUUCUCUUGAGCAACUCGUUGAUGGGGUGCAAUUGGUGGGAAGACAUGCUGCAGAAGUUUCAGAUUUGUCAAUAUCACAAUGGAUGACAACUCGCUUAGCUUCAGCAUCAAAUGAUGGCACGGUAAAAAUAUGGGAUGAUCGUAAGACACUGCCCCUUCUAACAUUGAGGCCACAUGAAGGCCAACCUGUCCAUUCGGUUUCAUUCUUGACAUCUCCCCAACGCCCUGAUCACAUUGUUCUUCUCACUUCGGGUCCAUUGAACCGUGAAUUAAAGUUAUGGUCUUCUGCAACUGAAGAGGGAUGGUUGUUACCCAGUGAUUCUGAAUCAUGGCGAUGCAAUCAAACUUUGGAAUUGAGAAGUUCAACAGAACAACGGGUAGAGGAAGCGUUUUUUAAUCAAGUUGUUGUUAUGCCUCAAGAAAGCCUUAUAUUACUUGCAAAUGCCAAGAAGAAUGCAAUAUAUGCUGUCCAUAUAUAUUAUGGUCCGUACCCUGCAGCAACAUGCAUGGACUAUAUUGCCGACUUUACCGUUACAAUGCCUAUUUUGAGCCUCACUGGAACAAGUGACAUCUUUCCUGAUGGUGAACAUGUGGUUCAAGUUUACUGCGUCCAAACACAGGCUAUUCAACAAUAUGCCUUGAGUUUGGCACAGUGUAUGCCACCUGUUGAUAACCUUCUAUUGGGCAAAGACCCUUGUAUUUCACAUAUUUAUGAUGGAAUUUGUUCAGAAGGGUUUUCUGCAUCUGAGCUUUCUCGUGUUCCUAGUGAUAUUCCAUCGGCCGGUGCUUCAUCCAUGCUUUUGGUUGGUGCAAGCAACUCUGAGAACCUGUUUGUCUAUUCUCCAACUUUUGUAUCUUCAGAAGCUAACAAUAUUCCUGAAUUGCCUUCAUCAAAUAUUGACAUUCAUCCUUCUGCUCCUCCACUUCCAGCUGUUGGCACUGAUAAUUUACACGCCACUUCAUCUCCUGGUCCUUUAGAUUUGGGCCUCUCGGGGAGACUUUCAGGUUCCAAAGGUGUAUCUAAAGGUCUGGAACAUGGACAUUCACUUGGGGAGCUUGAUGUUUACCAGGAAAUUGCUGAUCAUCAUGCUACAAACGGAGAACAUGAUGGUGCUGGAAACAUGCCUAAUAUUUCUUUGAUGAAUGACAACUCUGCAGGGGAUAACUUGAAAACUAGUCCGAAUGAUAUUUCUAUGAUUCAGAAUUCUCACUUAAUGUUCAAGUUGGGUGGAAAAACUACUCACUUGGUGACUCCAUUAGAAAUUUUGUCAGGGGUCAAGCCUUCAUCUGAAACCACUUCUUCCAAUCAGAGGAGUGAUGAAGUGAAGGUUCUAGAUCUGAUCUGCAACAGCGAUUUGAGGCAUGCAGAGGUAGUGAAAGUUGUGGAUGAGAAUGUAAUGGAUCAGACUGAAGAAUUCAUUACUCUGAAAGAGGAAAAUAAUGCUUCUAAUGCGAUUAAGGAUCAACCUUCAAGUUCCCUAGCUUCAAAUAUCAAGAAUGACGUGCCAAAAGAUGGUGACGCACUUAACGGUCUUUAUAAUGUGAAUGAAGUUCAGGUGGGUGAUAAUGUGAUUUCUGCUGAUGCAGUUGAGCAGUUUUCUGGUAAUAUUGAGGAAAAUGUCUUGAAAAAUACAACAGAUCUUUCUCAAAGAGAAACUGGAUUUGUUGAUAUUCCUGCUUCAAAAACUGCAAAAGGAAAGAGGCAAAAAACCAAGCAGGCUCAAGCAUCAGGUUCAUCAUCACCAUCUUCAAGCCCUGUCAACUCCAUUGAUUCUUCAAAUGAACCACGGAGCAGCACGGUUGUACCUCCAACAGAGGCUUCUUUUUCCCAAAUUAUGUCUAUCCAGGAGGUGUUGAACCAGAUUUUGUCUAUGCAAAAGGAGAUGAAUAAGCAGAUCAGCACAGCAGUGAGUGGCCCAGUCACAAAAGAAGGGAGAAGAGUUGAAAUUGCUUUGGGCCGGAGCAUGGAAAAAAGUGUUAAGGCUAAUAUCGAUGCCUUGUGGGCUCGUUUUCUUGAAGAAAAUGCAAGACGUGAGAAGACUGAAAGGGAUCAUUUGCAGCAUAUAUCAAGUUUAAUCACAAAUUUUAUCAACAAGGACUUACCUGCUGCUUUGGAGAGGAUGCUAAAGAAGGAGAUACCUUCCAUAGGGACAGCAAUAACUCGUUCAAUUACCCCUGUAAUUGAAAAAACUAUUUCUUCAACUAUAGUUGAUUCGUUCCAGAGAGGUGUGGGUGACAAGGCAGUGAACCAGCUGGAAAAAUCAGUUAAUUCUAAACUUGAAGCGACAAUAACAAGGCAAAUUCAAGCACAGUUCCAGACAGCAGGCAGACAAGCCCUUCAGGAUGCUCUACGGUCCAGCUUGGAAUCCUCCUUAAUUCCUGCAUUUGAGCAGUCAUGUAGAUCCAUGUUCGAGCAAGUAGAUGCCACCUUUCACAAGGGCAUGAGUGAACAUAAUGCUGCUGCACUGCAGCAGUUUGAAUCCACACAUACGCCAUUGGCACUUUCUUUGAGGGAAGCAAUUAAUUCCGCUUCAUCUGUUGCCCAAAACUUAACAAGCGAGUUAGCUGAUGGGCAGCGCAAGCUCUUAGCUCUUGCUUCAGGAAAUGCCAAAUCCUUAAAUCCUAUGGUAAUGCAACAAAGCAACAGUUCUAUGGUCAAUCUCCCUGAAAUGCUGGCCCUCUCCGUUCAGCAAGUUGAGGCACCUCUUGAUCCUACAAAAGAACUAUCAAGAUUGAUUUCUGAAUUCAAAUAUGAUGAAGCAUUCACUGUAGCUCUUCAAAGGAGUGAUGUUUCCAUUGUGUCCUGGCUAUGCUCUCAAGUUGAUUUGCAUGGAAUAUGUUCUAUGGUGCCACUUCCUCUAAACCAAGGUGUCCUCCUUGCACUUCUGCAACAGCUGACUUGUGAUAUUGGCAAUGAUACUUCAAGGAAGCUGGCAUGGAUGACUGAUGUAGCUGCAGCUAUCAAUCCGGCAGACCCGAUUAUCGCAUUGCACGUACGGCCCAUAUUCGAGCAGGUUUAUAACAUGCUAGCACACCAGAGAACCCUAGCUUCCAUGACCACAGCCGAAGCUUCGAGCAUUCGGCUAAUAAUGCAUGUAAUAAACUCUGUGCUAUUGAGCUGUAAAUGAACUCCAUUUAUCCUCAUUUGCAAAGAUCAUGGGGACUGUUUGUCUGUAGGAACUAUUUUGUAUAUAGAAAUGUAGAAAUGAAUGGUAGGAAUCAGAUCCUAGCUUUACUCUGGUAGUUUAUGUUAGCAGUUUGUGCUCUGUCAUUUUGAUUUCAAACGGUAUUUAUCAAGGAAUUUGAUGUUGAAGUCCUGGUGAAGAGAUUUUGGGCGUGUUGCUCUGAGACCUGUAUCAGUUUUAAGGCUUAUUUGAAAGAAAAUAUAUUUUGAAA